AUGAAAAGUUUCCUCUUGUUUGUGUUGAUGGAUCCGCGAAGUUUCAAGUAUUCACUCUUCGCAGUCUUCCUUUUCACACUUGCAAUUCUCUACAGUUUUAAUGUGACUCCUAUAAAUAUUCUUCCUAAUCAAACGUCUUCGAAUGUAGCUGUUUCUAGUGGAGAAAUUGAUCCGAAAGACUUUCCAAACUAUAAAAUCGAAGGAAUGGAUAGGUUUGAAUGGUAUACAAAGAAAUGGAAAAAGGAAUUGAAAGAUGAAAAACCUCCAAAAAUUGAAGAAGUCUCAAUGCUGAAAGCAUAUGAAUUUGACGUUGAAUACUCCAUUUCUCUUACUACUCCAGGCAAAUUCAAAGCAAUCUUAUAUUGCCGUUACUUUGAUGCAAAUGGGACGGAGAUAUUACCAGCGUUCCAAUCAUAUAACUUUCCGGAAUUCGUUGUGAAUUGUGAAAAACGGAAAGGAACGAAACGGAUAUCAGUCAGUACAGAGGCUAAGAAUAAUUACACUUAUCCAAUUGGAUUUGUUGAUAGAACAAAGAAAGAAUACAAACAUGAAUUCUCAUUUUGUAUGUCUCCAAUUUACGGUAAAGAGCCGAAAUGGCUUCUGAUAUCCGAAGUCAUUGAGCACUAUAAACUUCAGGGAAUGACUCAUUUCUACUUCUAUAUAUUUCACAUUGAUGAAUACAGUAAUGCUUUGUUGGAAGAUUAUGUGAGAACUGGAGAAGUGGAGCUCACUUAUUUAUUGGAACGAAACGAUAGAGAGCUUCUUCAUUGGCAGAUGGUGGCGUUUAGGGAUUGCACACUGAACAGUCGGUAUCAUUCAAAAUGGAGUUUGUUCGCGGAUAUUGAUGAACGUCUUCUGAUGACACAGUACAAUGGAACGAUACUUGAUUAUUUGAGAGGUGAGAAGGAUGAAACGAUUGCUGGAGUUCAGUUCAGACAACAAUGGAUCAUGAAAACUGAGUUCAUGCCUGAGAAAUAUGAAGGGGAUAAACAGAUCGACGAAUGGUCUCCAACACUCCGAUGGCAUAACUCUUCUGCCUACGGUCCUCCUGGACAUACAGUCAAAACAAUUGUGAUGCCAGAGAAAGUUCUCGCAAUGUGGACCCAUUACCCAAGCAUGUUGUUCCCGGGGUACCACAUUCAUGGCCUGAAAACAGAGGAAGGAAUCGUAAGGCACUAUCGAGACCUUCAAAUGUGGAAUUGGGGAAAAACUUGGUUAAAAGAAAUCGUGAAAUUCGGACCGAUGAGUAUGACGGAUUAUCCUGUGAAAUAUCAGAAGAAUCUGACGAAUGCGGUGAAGAAACGAACGAAAUAUGUGUAUGAAAACUAUCAUCCGAGAGAAGAAUAA